AUGGAAUUAUUUAAAGUUGCUGGGUGGGAUUUGAAGACAGAUAAGGUCGCUUUUGCCAAAGAUAAAAAGAAGAAAAACAACAAUACCAAGCAGAAGAAGAAACCAAAGAACAGAGGCUCUUAUGCGAAUACUAUUGAAAUUACAAAUCGUAAACAGUUUGGAACUAAACCAAAGGCCAAAGGAGAAAAAAUUGACGGACCUGAUGAUGCAACAGAAGCAGAAACAGUAACCACAAAGGAAACCGAAACACCAGCGGAGACUGAAACCAAAGUGGGAAAGAACGAGCAGAGUAAGAAAAGAAAACAAGAAGUACCAGAAACUGAAAACUCUGAUAAACCUGUUUCAAAGGUAGCUGCGACAGAUAAUUCAGAUACGACGAUACAGCCAAUGAAAAAAAGACAGCUAACUCCAUUGCAACAAAAAAUGAUGGCCAAGUUAACAGGCUCCAGAUUCAGAUGGAUUAAUGAACAAUUUUACACCAUCUCUUCUGAGGAUGCUCUUGGUCUGGUGAAGAAACAACCUGAGUUAUUUGAUGAAUAUCAUGAUGGGUUCAGAUCUCAAGUGCAAUCAUGGCCAGAAAACCCUGUCAAUGUAUUUGUUGAUCAAAUUAAACAAAGAUCGCAAAGACCGGUGAAUGCUCCUGGUGGGUUGCCUGGUUUGCAAGAUAGUAAAAAAAUUGUCAUCGCCGAUAUGGGAUGUGGUGAAGCUCAAUUAGCAUUGGAUGUGGAUACCUUCUUUAAAGAUUUUAAUAAGACAAGCCGUAAAUGGAAAAGAAACUAUAAGGUUCAUAGUUUCGAUCUGAAACGUGUAAACAAGAGAAUCACAGUGGCAGAUAUAAGAAAUGUUCCGUUACCUGAUGAUUCUUGUACGAUCGUCAUAUUUUGCCUGUCAUUAAUGGGUACUAACUUCUUAGAUUUUAUCAAAGAGGCUUAUAGAAUUUUGGCACCAGGUGGUGAACUAUGGAUUGCUGAAAUUAAAUCCAGAUUUGGUGAUGGGAAAGGUGAUGAGUUUGUCAAUGCCUUAAAACUAAUGGGCUUUUUUCACAAAAAAACUGACGAUGAAAUAAAAUGUUCACAAGAUUCGAAUUCUUUAAACCCCCACAAAAUAUUAUAG